UAAGUCACUGAGAAUCUGAAGUGUUGAUCGAUGAUCUGCGAUGAUAUUGUUGUGCCAGUGUUAGUUUUAAAUGAAAAACUGCUUUGAAUUCGUGGUAAGGUUCAAUAUUCUCGAUGCACGCCAACUGUUUGUUGAAAUGCUCCUCAAAUACAGAUGUGAAAUAGUUCACAUUUUUUAUGAUCUAAGUGCAUUUCAGUGUAGUAUAAUCAUUUGGUUAACACAGACUCGAUUCCAUCAUUGUUUUGUCAUGGUUGAAAUCGAAUUCUAAACAUUUUUUUCUCUCUCCUUGCUGCUCGGUUGUUGUUGUAUCUGCUGCAUUGGGUCUCUCUGUGGUGACUGCCCGUGACAAAUGUUAUUGAAUUAAGCCUAUUCUUAAGAACAUCCAUACAUCAAGAUAUGGUGAUUCUCUAUCUUGCAUUUUUCUGGUUAGUGGCUGUGAAUGGUGAGUGGCCAGCAAUGAAAAUUGAAGAGUUGUUCAAUAACUGAAGCUGUUUAGUGAAAGUGAAUGACAAUGGUGUUCAGUAGAGAUUGAUGGAGGAGAGGUAAGGACAGCAUCUGUCGUUGGCUGAUGAUAAUAGCUUCCGUAACAAAUAAGGUCCAAAAUGGAGUGUGAUGAUUGGGACAGCCUGUCAAGUGACUCUGAGUUAUUGGAACAAGACUUAAAGGAUGAAGAGGAAUAUAACUAUACAUCCAACUCUUCGUCCAAGUUGCAAUUCAGGCGUGUUUUACAGGAAAGUAACUUCUGUAGCUCGGUGGAAUAGUGGGGUUGGAAUGGCUGAGGUGGUGGAAAGGAAGGGUCGGUUAUGGACAACAACUGGCAUUGUCCGUAGCGGGAAGCUUUGCUGCUCAAUUGAAGAGACCUUGUUCUUGAUGGAAAUAGGGGCUUUGCUUCUUUUGAGUGAGAAUGAUGAAUCCAUCUCCUUGGAAACCAUGUAUCAGCAACUAGCAGAGGAGAAGGAUGGAUGCUGUUGGGAGCUUUAUGAGGUCUAUAAACACCUGAAGUCACUUGGUUACAUUGUUGGUCGGCACGACAUUCCUUGGUCUUUGAAGAGUGUCAAGAGAAACACUGGCACAGUUUCUUCUGAAGGUACUUCAGAAAGCCUGGAAUUGCACUCACCUCAAGACUGCAAUUCUUUAAUUAAAAGAUUUAUAAAGAUGGACUUGAAUGAACUGAAGCCGGUAUUUGAUGUUUAUCUCCCAAAUGGAAAGUUCAGAAAAUCUUCACCUGGUGAUCCAAGCUAUGUGCUUUGCUUAAUCAGAGGCCAACCACCAGCUAAAAUAGAAAUUGAAGCUCUUGAAAGACAAUGUGGAGACAUUCCACUGAAAUUUUGUCUGGUGGAGCAAGGGCGCGUCAGUUUCUUUUCCUUCAGCAAAGUGGAGCUUCCUGUCCUGCCCUGAUAAAUGUCUGUGCAUGCAGCUCCAUAGACCUAUUUCAUUGGAGUUUCUUGACGCUCUUUCAGAACGAAGGAGAUCUAGAUUGUAGACUUCAAAUGGAGAAAGAGGUGCAAAUUUUCACGGAACGAAUGCGGGUCAAUCUAGCAGCAGAAUGAUAUUUGGAAACAAUUGCUGAAUGAUUGAUUAUUCAGUUCUCUUUUGGAUCCUGUCUCUGCUUUCACUUUCCCCAAGAAUUUGCUCCCAACUGUUUGAACUUUGAAUGACCAGGCUGAUAUCUUUCCUCUCCCUGAACUUUCAGUCAAUCGAACCUUUUACUGUUUAGUAUUGUACGUCUGUUUUGUACCUCUGUGAAGGGAACAAAUUUUAGAAAGGCCAGUUGGUAAAUUGUAUGGGUAUGUUGAUUUUCUUGGUUACACGAUGAUGGAAUGUCGUAGAACACUCUUUGAUAGCAUCUUUAAGGGAUUAUUAGUAGUUUGUUUUUGAAGGUUCAUAAAAGAGCGACUUUUUCUUUUUUGUUA